AUGGCGGCCGCCAGUACUCAAAUUUUGGUCAAAAAUGGCCUCAUAGUGAACCAUGAUGGCACAUUGCAAGCGGACAUUCUAAUCGAAGGCGAAGAAAUCAAAAAAGUUGCGCAAAACAUCCAACCGACUGAAAACGUGGAAGUGAUUGAUGCCAGCGGGCUUUACGUUCUUCCUGGUGGUGUGGAUCCGGAUUGUCGUCUUCUAAAUCCAUCGGAUGGAAUUCCUGUGGCUGAUGAUUUCAAGACUGGAUCUGGUGCUUCCCUUUUAGGUGGCACUACAACGAUAAAGAACACGAUUUCGCCCACACAGCCAGAGCGGGAUGGCGUGGCGGACACCAGCUUUUGGGUUGGCGACAAGCGCCAACCGUCCUUCAAGCCGCGUUCCGAUUGGUCAGUCAGCUCGAGGGGUUUCGUCAACGAGAUUACCGUUCGUCCCGGUCUCAGUAUUACCGAUGCAUACGCCCGUCACCGCGGCAUUCUUGACGCUGAAUGUCGCUGCGAUUUCGCGCUCGUUCUCUCCGUGCCGCAUUUUUCUCCUGAAAUCGCCAAUGAGAUGAAAUUUCUUGCUGCUGACAAGAAGGUUGUCUCAUUUUCAUUCCGUUUACUAAGUGGAGAAUCCGCAUCUGCCCCCUUUGCCUUUGGAUUGGACGAGGAGGCUCUCAUGACUGCCAUGGACCUCUGCUCCUCCUUGGGUAUUCCUCCCACUGUGCCUGCUUGUGGUAAUCCAGCAGUUUUGAACAAAGUUGCUGAGUCUGUCUUUUCCUCCGGCUUUACUGGACCUGAGGGCUGUCUACUGGCCUCUCCAGAACGAUUCGAAGCGGACACAGUGGCUCGAGUGGGCCUUUUAGCUGCAGCUACAAACUGCCCUGUCAUUUUUACUCGUAUUCACAGCUCGGCUGCUCUGAAAGCCCUUGUUGAGCAACGCAGUCUUGGUAACGUUGUCUUUGGUGAGACCAGCAUCGCAGCCAUCGCCUGCGUGGUCGCCGGAAACACAGUCACACACCCGAAUUGGGCCAAGGCCGCUAGUUGCGUCUCCGACCCACCAAUCAGGGCCGAGGAUACAGUCGCAAAGAGUCUUUUGUCUCAUGUAGCUACUGGUGAAGUGAUGGCAGUUGGUUCGGCACAUCGUGCAAUCGCCUCGAAUAUCCGGGCUGGGUUAGGAUUGAAUGACUUCCGUCAGAUCCCCAUAGGCCAGGCGACGGCUGGAGGCCGUUUGAGUGCUCUGUGGAAGAUCGGAGUUGAAAAGGAGGCACUUCUGGAUCCCUGUGGUUUCGUCGCAGCGGUUAGUACGAACCCAGCUCGAUUAUACAAUCUCUACCCGCAAAAGGGUUGCAUUGCGGAGGGCAGUGACGCAGAUAUUGUCAUCUGGAAUCCUGAAUCAAAGGUUGUCCCACAGAGUUUGGUUCCUGGCGGUGUGGAAGAUCCAUUUGAAGGUCUGAAUUGUUUAACCUGUCGUCCAGAGGUGGUUUUACUUCGUGGUAAAGUGGUGGUGAGGCAGGGGGAGCUGGUAGGCACGAGCGAACCCACUGGCCGAUUUGUCCAUUCCAAGGGAUCGAAUGGCAUGGUAUUCGGUCGCACGGCGGCGUUAAAGACCGUUGGUGAGGCGCUACUCUGUCCAGUAACAAGGGAGCCCUACUCCGGUCCCGUAGCCAACCUGGACUCUGCGCGUGAUCACACUUCACCGCCGAGGGAGUCGCAUUUCUAUCGCAAAUCGGACUAUGACAACCUCCCUAAGGAGGCGUUGCCACCAGGCCAACGGGUAAUUCACACCUCUGUGAAGACUGCACAGCCUCCUGGUGGUGCGUCAAAAUCGUUUUGGUGGAACAACUGA